CGGCGGCCGCUCGGCGGGAUUUGCGCCAGUCCGGAGCAUUUAGCUCAGCCCUUCCUGCGCUGCGUCAAAUCCUGUCCUUAGUUUAACCCCUUUGAACAAAAUCAGCCUGCUCUGAAAACGUAGUGAUUUAUUUUUUAAUUGAAAGCUCCAGCUUUUGCAAACAGCCCGCAAAGGUUCAUGACGUGCUUCUGCAGCGACUUCUGCGCCGUCAGGGCUUUUCCUCAGGCGGGAAGUGUCUCCCCGGGCAGGGUGCAGGGAAAGCGGGACAGGGAGGCUCCAAGCUUGGCACAAAUCCCAGGCAGCCUUUCCACCCUCCUGCAAAAUGCCGAGUGUCCUGCACUGACCCUGGCUGCUCCAGCUUCCUGUGGGAGGAGGUGGUUUGUUCUCUGGGGAGCUCUGUGUGCUCACGGGGGAGGUUCUGGAGUUGUUUUGGGAUGAGGGCCUGUUCCUGGUGCGGGGGUGCUUUGGGUUGCUGGCAGUGAUUGCGGUGCCUCCCCAGCAGCCAUGGAGUACAUCAGCACACGGGGAGGCACGAGGGCCGUGGACUUCGAGGGAGCCCUUUUCUCUGGCUAUGCACCCGAUGGGGGCCUCUUCAUGCCCCAGCACAUCCCCUCGCUGGACAGGGGCACCCUGCAGAGGUGGAGCAGCCUGUCCUACCCUGAGCUGGUGAAGGAGCUGUGCUCCCUCUUCGUCCCGGCCAGGCUGGUCCCACGGAACGUGCUCAAUGAGCUGAUCGACAGGGCCUUCAGCAGAUUCAGACACAAGAAUGUCGUGCAUCUGUCCAGGCUGAAAGAUGGGCUGAACAUUUUGGAGCUCUGGCAUGGUGUUACGUAUGCAUUUAAGGACCUGUCCUUGUCCUGCACAGGACAGUUUUUACAGUAUUUCUUGGAGAAAAAGAAGAAGCAUGUCAAUAUUCUGGUGGGGACUUCAGGGGACACGGGGAGCUCGGCCAUUGAGAGUGUGAGAGGGCAGAAGAAUGUGGACAUCUUUGUUCUGCUGCCCAAGGGGUUCUGCACCCAGAUACAGGAACUACAGAUGACCACUGUCAUUGAAGACAACGUCCAUGUCUUUGCUGCUCAUGGGAACAGCGAUGAAAUCGAUGAGCCGAUCAAGGAACUGUUUGCUGAUGUCGAUUUUGCUGGAAAAUACAACCUGAUGAGUUUGAAUUCUGUCAAUUGGUCCAGGAUUAUGGUGCAGAUUGCCCACUUCUUCUAUGCUUACUUUCAGUGCACCCCAUCCCUGGAUACCACCCAGCUGCCAAUGGUGGAAAUUGUUGUGCCAACGGGAGGAGGAGGAAAUAUCACGGCUGGCUGUAUUGCCCAGAAAAUGGGUCUCCCAAUUCGACUUAUUACUGUGGUGAACAGCAAUGACAUCGUUCAUAGGACUGUUCAACAUGGAGAUUUCUCACUGGCAGAGAGCGUGAAGGCUACGUUAGCAUCAGCCAUGGAUAUCCAGGAGCCUUACAACAUGGAGAGAAUCCUCUGGCUGCUCUCGGGCUCUGACAGCUGCCUCAUAAAAACUCUGAUGGAGCAAUUCAACAUCUCAAAAAGGCUGAAGCUGCCAGAGGAUUUGCACAGAAAGGUCUCAGAGACCCUGGGAUCGUGCUCAGCCUCUGACCAGGACAUUGUGGGAGCCAUGCGGCGCUGCUGGGAGGAGAACCAGUACCUGCUGUGCCCCCACUCUGCCGUGGCUGCUCACUACCACUACUCAUGGCCACACAGCAUCCCCCGGUGUUGCUUGGCUCCAGCCUCUGCAGCCAAAUUUCAGGAUGCCCUUCUCCGAGCUGGCCUGGUUCCCCAGAUCCCCCCUGAAAUCACUGCUCUGACAGCAAUGGAGACCAGGUCCACUCCCCUGGAGCGGGGACAGCACUGGGCACAGGUGCUCCGGGGCCGGAUUGAAGCUGUGGCACAGCAGUGGGAGGCACAGACGGGGAAGGCAACCAGCUCAAGGAAAUUAAAGGAAUGUGACUUCCAAGAUCUCAGCCCUGCAAUCAAACAAACACGAGAUUCUUUUGAGCACAAACUGGAAAAAAAAAAGAGCCUUAAAAAAAGAUAAUUACAGGCUGGAGAGCACGGACAGGAAGAGCCCUGUGGAUUUGCACCGGGGCCCGGGAGCACCGUUGUGUACGGAAUGGGAUAUCUGCCACUUGGAAAUGUUUUUCCUGCUUGGGAGAGUGGUUUGCAUGCCAGAAACAGGGAAUGCCACAGAUCCCCACUUCCCAUGGCUGGAACAACUGGAACAAGGUGUCUCCCUGCCCCCCACUCCACCUGCCCUGGGGAAAGAAUCCUCCAGCACCUGGCUCAGCAGUUACUGACCCUUGCUCAUUUAAGCUGCAGCUUUUUUCUCUUUCCCACAUCUGUUCAGAAGGGAAUGAGGACCUGAAGUGAGCAGGAUGCUGAAAAUCAAGCUCAGAGUGGGGUAAGGAGCAUCCAGGGCCCACCUUGCUUAGAGAUGAGGAGCAGCAGCCAGCCCCAGCACUCUCCUUGGCUCUUAGUGGGGUGGACCAUACUUGGGUUUUUAGUAUAUUAUGGUUUGUCCUGGUCCCUUGCUGGCUAUCCAGCAUUCAUCACCGGAGAAAACACUUUCCUGAUUUUAAAGGGAGAUAUCUCUGUGCCUCCCGUAGCCUGGAGUAACUCAAUAUUGAGUGAGAGGAUUGCAGUCACUGCUUUUCCUCUGUUUGCACCUUUCUUGCAAUUAUUUUUGUUAGAGCUCCCUGCUGGAGGGCAGGGCAGGCAGCUCUCAGGAAUAACACAACUUCCUGGAUGCUGCCUCACCACAGAAGAGCUGGGGCAGCACUGAGGACCCCUCUUGGGGCACAGACCUUCCCCAGGGUUCACCACACAACACAGGAUUUCUCCUGAGAUCUUCUCCAGCCCGUUGUGUCACCAAAACAGGAGGUUCUUGGUUCUUGCCUUUGCACUUGCAGUAACCUUUUUAUGACUGACGCUUUUUAAAAUGAAAACAAGAUUUCAUUUACAUCCAAGAGUUUGCUCCAGUGCAGCCUCCUGGUUGCAGGAUGUCUCAUGGCUGGUGUGGGUCCGGAGGAUCUCGCUGGUUGCUCCCAGACACUGACACCUGCAGUAACUGGAGGGGUGAUGUGGGGCCCGGCACACCGAGGGUGGGACUGGUUUUAGCAUUCAAUCCAUAGAAACCCAUUUAACAGCACUUCCCCUAAAGUGCUGCCUUUCUUCCACCUGAACUCCUAAAAUGGAAAUGAUCAUGGCAGGGAAAAAAUUUGGAACUACUCAAAUAUUAAAAUGCAGUGAAGGUGAACUGGCUCCUGGGUGGAGGGGAGGGGAUGGGCCCCGUCGCUGCUGCCAAGGUGAGUUUUGGGGAUCUAUUCAGACCUACAUCUGCUGGCAGUGGAUUAGAAGUCAAACCCACCUGAAAUCCAGAACUGAGCAUCCUGAGGGGCUCCUCGAGGAUGGGAUAUUCCCCUCCAUGAGCUGCCGACUUUGCCCCAAUAAUCCUUCACAUCCCAUCCCUCUUCUCCCUCUCCCCUUUUCCCUUCCCUUCCCUUCCCCUGUGAUAUGACGCAUUGGCAAAGGAAUAAAAUAAUCAGCUAUUGCUUUAUUACUUUUUCCACCCCUGCUUCCCUCACGGGCAACUGUAUUUCGGCAAAUGUUUUUAAUAUUUGCUAAUAAAAGCAGCUCCAGUAAUGACAUGCUCCCUCCCAAAGACAAAAUUACCGGGACUGGCGUUAUCUAACAAACUCGUUUUGGCACAAGCGCGUCUGCGUUCGAGCCAUUUCGGCCCAUUCACAGGAUUAUCAGCCAUCUCUGCAGCCAGCCCCAGCCCUCCUCUCUCAUUCCUAGUUAAUUGGUGUGAAAUUGGAGCAAGUUCUCAGGUGAUAAUGUGUUUGCAUUUACUGCUUCACUGAACCACCCUAGCCACUCAAUCCCAGCUUCAUUAAAGCUUCAAUCUCAGCUUUUGCUCCUGGCUGUGAGCUUCAAACCCUAUUUCCUGCGUGGCAGACAUACAGCCUAACACAUGUCAGGAAGACAGCUUGAGCAGAGCUGCUGGGAACAAGCACAGCUACUGCCCGGGCGCCGCUCCGGGAAAAUCACGUUCGCGGUGGGAAAGAUGCUUGGAGUCCCCACGAUGGCUUCACGCUGCGUUGGUUGGCUCCCUGCUCUGGAAAAAGGCAUCUUUUAUACCCUUUAAUUAUACUUGAUUAAUGAAUUAAUUUUAAUUUUUUUUUUUUUUUUUUUGCUGCAGCACUUUGAAGAUAAAAACCCCUUCGUCUGAAUUCUGAUUAGUAUUUAAAGACUCAAGUGAAAUAUUUGUAGGCAGAAAAACCUCACCGAGGAAUGCCUGUGUUCAAGCAUUCAAUAGGGCCUAUUCACA